AUGAAGAAAGGAAUGUGCGAUGAGCGCGUGGAGGAGGAGGAGGAGGAGGGGAUGGAGGAAAGCGCGAGGCAGCAGCAUCCCAAGUAUUUAGAAUCUUCGAAUGUUUGGAAUUAUUUCUUCCAUACUCCUCACUUCUCUGCCUCCAGGAGGCGGACACUCCACUUGCAAGCUCUUUUUCAGGCACUUGCCUUCGCUCCACCACUCAUCGGCCAGAACGACUCUGGAUGCUACCAACCCCUGGACGAUGGCUUUGUAUGUGACGGCGGAGUUCCUUGUCCAAAGACUCCAAACUCGCCACGGAUGGUCCAACGGGCAUCGUUCAGCGGUCUCGGCCAGGGGUAG